CUUUAACCCCAGCACUAUUUCAUCAAAUACUACUAUGUGCAACCCGCCGUUUUGUCUCCAUAAUUUAGAACCGUACAAGGGAGCACGUGUUGGAGUCGAAAAACUCGACGGCGGCAGUCAUGCGAUAUCGACACAUGGUACGACCAAGGGUCAAAAGAUCAAAGGGAGGGUGUCUCACAUGCCGCGGGUGUCGCACCAAGUGUGAUGAGGCCAAACCAACAUGUUCUCGCUGCAAGCGGCUUCAAGUGAAGUGCGUGGGCAAUAAAUAUGCUUACAACGCCGAAGAGGUUGCCUGUGAGGCAGAAAAGCAAAGGCAGCUUGUACGCAGUCAAAUUGAUUCCAGCCUUGUAGCGAGACCUUUGCUGCCGUCUGCGAAAACCGUCUAUUUGCACCACUUUGUCACCGUGUGCUCCAAAGCAAUUCUAUUCGCAGACGAUCAGACCCAUAAUCCAUUCUCACGCGAGAUUUAUUGCCACUUUUCGGGCUGCGAACACCUCCAGCUCGCAGUCAACGCGUUGGCAGCAGGUGACCUCCAGCGUCGGCAGCCUGGGCAUAAUGAACGAUAUUACGAGUUCUACGGUCAAGCAGUGAAUAAGCUGAAUGCUGCCAUCUCCAAUCCGAAAGAUACUGCAUCAGUCGCCACCCUAAUAUCUGUCCUUCUGCUCGCUUUUUGUGAAAUCUCCAGCUCAAAUUCUUCGGCUUGGCUGAGCCAUAUAAAGGGAGCCAGAGACCUCCUUCUGCUACGUGGAGGACCUAGCAAGAACCCAGUGCUCGCGAGGUUAUUUUCGAUAAUCGAUGUUGGGUCCAGCUUCUUCCUUGGACAGAAAACACUACUGCCAUUGGAUUAUAUCGAUGAUAACCUCGUGAUGAAUGUGUCGAACACGCCGGGUGAAUACUGGCCCUGCUGGGACACAACUGGCACAAGCACGGCAAGGUUCAACCAGAGAUUACGUAUAGUCGCGAGUCUAUCAAGUCUGCAGCUAAGUGUAAAACGAUCAACAAAUCUUGCCUCUCGAGAAGCUGCAAUGGCUGAAGCCCGUGGAGUAUUGGAGGAUAUUAUUGACCACUGGAGCGCCCCUGUUUUCCAGAGACCCCAGCUUCACAGACUCUACAUAUCUUCAGGAGACCAGAUUGACAUCGAAGAUAGCGCCGCUAAAUCAGCUUGUAUCCUCGCUCUUAUUGACAUCACAAUUCCUCUGAUCGAGCAUGGUUGUAGAUUCAACCUCAACGAACAGUACCUGGUUUCCCCGAUAGCGGUAGCGCACCAUGUUGACACUAUCUUGGCCGCCUCGUCAAUGCUGACUGAACAGUACUGCCUGGCAGGUUUACCUUGGCCUUUGUUUAUGGCAGGUGUCCACGUGUUUCGUGACGAUGGCCGUGAAAUGGCCAUCCUACAGACACUGAAAUCAAUAUCCUCAUCCAUUUUUCAUCCGUGUGAGGGCGCCAUUCGUCUUCUCCAAGUUCUCUGGGAGCGCCAAAGAGCUGAUGGUAUCAAGUUAUGUUGGAGAAAGGUUUUGGACGAGCUGGGGGGUUCAAUAUAUAUCAUGCUCUAAAUUUUGACCAAUCUUCGCCGGAAAUAUCCCAAUGAGGCUCAUGUCAGUCACAUAGCAACCCCAACAACAAAAAAUCCCCCCCAAAAAGAAGUCUCGGUUGGAGCGACGCUCCAAUUUCGCCCCUGAGUGGUGCCUUGUUAUUUUAGAUAAUCGUGCGACUACACAAGCUGCAGUGACUACGAGUACGGAUCAAUGACUAGCCCAGACAGAUCGAUCGACAGAGCGACCAUCGAAGUCUAACUAAUUUGGCCAUUAUUCGGGUCCGAAGUUGUUGCAGA